AUGAAGCAGCACAUUCUUCUCCUUGCCUCUUUGGCCGCACUCGCUGUAGCGGCACCCGCACCCCUCGAGGCCGAGAAGGAAGACCUUGCCGCCUGUGGCAAAGGCAUGGGUCUCGUCGAAGGCGUGGGAGUCUGCAGGCCGGUUAGAAAAGAGAAUGGGAACGCCCAAGAGCCCGACACUUGCUCAGACGAUGAGACGCCCACCACGACGAUUCUCCCUGGUGACAUCCCGACUGGGCCUCUACCUCCAGCCGGCGAGCCGUUGCCUCCCCGGCCUGAGGUGAGCUGCAAUGGAGGUACUGUGUUGGAUGGAGAUUGUGUCUGCCCUACUGGCACCACUCGUAUCCAGGGGGGUUGCUCCAAGAACACGGAUACCGUGGCAGACGACAAGUGUUAG